AUGCCGUCAGUCAAUCUAGAGUAUCCAAAGCUGCCUUAUAGCAAGGUGAACCGAUAUGACUCUCGAGCUUCCUACGCACUAGAGACCAUCCACCACCUCAUCAACACCUGCCCCAUCCUCCAUGUCUCCUUCCAAGACCCCAGCUCCCCCUUCCCCACCAUCCUCCCCAUGAUCGGGCAGAUGGGGUCCUUCAGCCGCCCCAGCGCCGACACGGGGGACGUCCUGGACCUCUAUCUCCACGGCUACGUCUCCUCGCGCCUCAUGAACAUGUCGCGGAAGGCCACCACCGCAGCAGCCACUGGCGGCAACGCAGAAGGAGAAAAAGAAGAAGAAGAAGAAGAAGAAGAAGAAGAACAGGGCCUCCCCGUCAGCGUCUCCGCCGCACACCUCGACGGCCUCGUCCUCGCGCUCACCCCCAACUCGCACACCUACAACUACCGGUCGGCGGUGCUCUUCGGGCGCGCGACGCUCGUCGCCGACGCCGCGGAGAAGCUCUACGCCAUGCAGCUCGUCACCGACUCCGUCGUCCCCGGCCGCUACCGCCGCACGCGCGUGCCCCCCUCCCCCGCCGAGAUGCAGAGCACCUCCGUCCUGCGCGUCCGCGUCGCCGCCGGCAGCGCCAAGACGCGCGCGGGCGGCCCGAAGGACGACAGGAGCGACUUGGCGGACCAGGAGCUGAGGGCCAGGGUGUGGACGGGCGUUCUGCCGGUGCACUAUGUGGUUGAGAGGCCGGUUGCGGGGGAGGGGAACAGGGUCGAUAGGGUGCCGGAGUACUUGGAGGAGUUUGUGAGGGAGUUUAAUUGCGAGGCGAGGGUUGUUGCGGAGGGCGCGGCUGGGGAGGGGGAGAAGGGGAAGGUUGAGGGGUGAGUUGGGGGGGAAGGGAGGGUAGGGAGGUAGGUAGUUGUAGCGUUGGAAGGUGGGCUGGUAUAGCGUCUUUUGGACUAGGGUGGUUUGGCCGUGUGUUAUUGUGUAGUUGCUGUUUAAUGAAGAACCCCCCCCUCCUUACCUACCUACCUAGGUUAGGUAUUUGAUGUUGGGCGUAGUGCUUAGUGCUUGUUUAUAGCUGAGGUUCAGAUCUAACAACUUAUGAAGUUAACCUUGGAGCAUAACAUUUGGACUUGGAGUCUGGAUUCCGUACCUACCUACCUAAGGUACAUAGCAUAUACCAAGCAACAACUCCGUGUGCUUUACUCAUUUGCCACUUGAUACCAGGUACGUUCAUGAGAGUAACUACCCAAGAGCGAACAUCGUUGCUUCGCUCUGACACAAACACGCGCCGCAGUUUUCAACUUCAUGGCAAGAAGGAAACACGACAUCGAAGCUCAUUGAAUCCGACACUCGAACUAGACCAGCACAGCACAGAAACCUGCAUUUCCCAAGUCGGCUCUUCUUGCACUCUAUGCUAUUUUUAUACCUCUCCACGUCACCAAGCUUUGAUACCGGUACCUACCUAAUGACCCGCAA